GGGCCAGAGUGGGGUGCUGGGGUGUGCACGCGGAGCUCGCAAGGUUGAAGUGCUGACGUCACGGGUUGGCGAGGGCGGGGCCUCGAAUGCAGGGUCUAGAAGCUGAGACGCAGAGGAGCUAGGAGAGUCUUGGGACUGGAACGAAACCAGCAACCAGGAUGGGCCACUGGUCACAGAGCAAGGAUGGAGGAUGCAGUGACACCGGCCAUGGACCAGCCAGCUGGCCUGCAGGUGGACUACAUCUUCCGGGGUGUGGAGCAUGCUGUGCGGCUGGUGGUGUCUGGACAGGUGCUGGAGCUGGAAGUGGAGGACCGGAUGACGGCUGAUCAGUGGCGGGGCGAAUUCGAUGCCAGCUUCAUUGAAGAUCUGACUCAUAAGACGGGGAACUUCAAACAGUUCAAUAUCUUCUGUAACAUGCUGGAGUCGGCUCUCACCCAGCAUCUGGUGGUGCAGUUAAUCGAGGUGCCCUAUCUUUCCUUAGCCAAAAGGAUUCACUACCCGCUGCCCCUUCCGUACCAGGGCAAGCCAGACCCUGUGGUCCUGCAGGGCAUCAUCCGCUCACUGAAGGAGGAGCUGGGCCGCCUUCGAGGGCUGGACGGCCAGGAUGCUCGGGACACCCGGGAGACUGAGAUCUGGCACCUGAGGGAGCAGGUUUCACGCCUGGCAUCUGAGAAGCGAGAACUGGAGGCGCAGCUGGGCCAAUCUCGAGAGGAGGCUCUGGCAGGGAGGGCUGCGCGCCAGGAGGCGGAGGCGCUGCGUGGGCUCGUCAGGGGCCUGGAGCUGGAGCUGCGGCAAGAGCGGGGCCUUGGACACCGCGGGGUUGGCCGCCGCAGCCAGGAUUGCCGGCGCCUGGCCAAGGAGCUCGAGGAGGUGAAGGCUUCGGAGCGGAGCCUGCGCGCCCGGCUUAGGACCGUGAACACCGAGCUGGAGGUGUACAAGAGGGGGAGACGGACUCCGCCCGUGCCGCCGCCCCGAGCCCGGGAGGAUCGGGCUUCGACGUCGCGGGAGCGCUCCACAUCGCGCGGUCGCGGUGCCACCCGCUCUUCUUCCCGGGAGAGCGGCCGGGGGGGCCGGAGUCGAGGCCGCCCUGCCCGCCCCUCACCCUCGCCCACAGGUAGUCGCGUGCCCCGUUUCGACCCCACAGCCUUUGUGAAAGCCAAGGAGAAGAAGCAGAGAGAGAUCAAGAUGAAGCAGCAGCAGCAGCGGAACCGAUUGGGCAGCGGAGGAAGCGGGGACGGCCCGUCCAUCUCCUGGUCUCGCCAGACUCGGCCCCCCGCUGCCGUGAGCGGCCGAGGGGACGCGGCUAACCGCUCCCGAAACCGCAGCUCCUCGGUGGACAGUUUCCGCAGCCGCUGCUCAUCCGCCGGCUCCUGCAGCGAGUUGGAGGAUUUCUCCGAUUCCCUUCCUAGGGGCGUUCGCCGCCGCGGGAAGCCUCCCAGCCCCACCACCUGGGGCGGGUCCAACACGCAGCAGAAGCCCACCCCUGUGGAACGCAGCCGCCAUCAGAGAUGCCUGACCAAUUCGGGGGGCUGGGUCCCUAUGAAAGAGUACAGCUCCGACCACCAGGCAGCAGACAUGGCCGAAAUAGAUGCCCGCCUGAAGGCCUUGCAGGAAUAUAUGAACCAACUGGACACACGGUCGUGACCUCGACCUGGAGUACUGCCCCUCCAUCCCUCACCCACUGCUGGAUUCGGAGUGGGGGGGCGGGGCCGGCGGUUCCUUGCAGCCCUGCUCAGGCUCCUCUCCUGCUGGUGCUACUGGGGUUUCAGGUGUGUGAGGCCUUGGGCCACCCCCCCACCAUGCACUGCAUGCUGGGAGGGAAGGUAUGUGCAUUUUGUAAAUAAACUAUUUGCUGUUGGGCUCCUUCA